AUGUCGACUGAGCCUUCGCCUACCGUUGAUUUCAAGGCCUUUGCGGACCAUCAGAAAAAGCUUCUGUUCGACGAAACCGAGGAAUUUUUCAGGAGGCACAAUCUGCGCUUGAAGAAGUACAUUCUGCCAGUGCCGCUGCCUUCGUGGGCCUCGUCACUAGACGAGGUGCUGGACACGGGCGUCGAACACGAACCGUACUCCACCAUCUACCGUCAUCAGCACUUUUUGAAAACGCGAAUUCUGAGGAACUGGUCGUACAUAGCUGUAGAAACUUUGUGGAACGUCUCGGAUAACCCGCGCAACAAAAAUAUUCCUUUUGACCUUCGGCCACUCACCAAAGAGAUCAUUAAGCAGCUGGACACCACCAAUGCCGACAUCGUUGACCCCGAGUUCUCGGGCUUAUUGGUCACUUUGAACACGGAGAGCUUCUUUGAUGUGCCCAACCCCUCCUAUGGAACGCAAAAGGCUCAGGAACGCGACCCGGCCGGCCAGGGCGAAGGACCACAAGGCGGGCGUGCCGAUGCGGCGGAAAACACUGCGGCACCCGCGGAGGCACAGGGCGCUCCGGAAUCAGCUGGAGCCGGCAGCUCUGCCAGCACCCCGGUAUUCAAGAGCAAAAUAAUCGCAGGGGCCAUCGUCGAGUGCCUUAUGACGAAUGAAAGGUGCAUACGAUGCAUAUGGCUACACCCCCAUCUGUCAAAGCACAGCUCUAGGAUACUGCUUCAAGCUUUCCUCCCCCGCCUCAUGUUGGAAAUGUUCAACGUCCCCUCGGUUAUGACGGAGAACGGCCCGUCGGCAUACCACAAGUUCGCAUACGCGAUGCACAACGACCUGGACAUGUUCCCGCGGCAGUGCUGGCUGCUGCUCGCGAGCAUAAAGAAAAUGUCGCUACCACGUCACUACGAGCCCUCCACGUUCGAGGAACACCCCGUGGAGUUGGAGUACGGUGAGUGCCACAUGGACGAGGCGGGACACCUGUUGCUUCCCGAGUUUUCGGGCAUCGUCGACGACGGGGUGCUGGCUUCGGUGGGAUCGGAGUGCUCUGUGCGCAGCGUUGCUUGCAACUGCUACACCGAGAAAAUGAAGAAGAGCGUCGACGCGCAGGCUUGGCUGGAUCGCUUGGUGGGCUGCACGGAAAGCUACAUGUGCCUCAUGCUGCCCAAACGUUCUGAACGUGAGAUGCUGGGGCUUCACCCCCGUGAUGGCUGGCGUGACUUGAUCACUGAAGGGCUGGACCGGCCACUGCUAGAGGAGCUCCUGGAGCUUCUCCCCGUCGAUUCUCGCGACCGUUUCUCGCACCUGUACGACCCAUCAGUUGCGACGGUGAGUGUGCGCUGCAACGCGAACCUCAACAGCGACUUCGAAGAGUGGUGCAAACUGCGACGUGAGGACCUUAUUGAUGUCACCAGCGACACUGAGGUCUACAUGAACGUGGAUGGUGGCGAAGAGGAGUACAACAUGGCCUCUACCACCAAGCGCGCGAGGUCCCGCAUAUGA